UCUGACUCUCACCUCCUCGAAGUCCAGGGCGGCAGGACCUCAAGGCACCAUUUAUCUUACUAUGGUGGCUCAAUACGUGAAUCUCUCUCAGACACUCGACGCAAGCACACAAGUCUACCCUGGUGACCCCGUCUUUAGCUGUUGCCCGACUCUGACCAUCGACCGAGAUGGAAACAACGUGUCGACUAUCUCGAUGGGCUCACACACGGGAACACAUGUUGACGCUCCCUACCAUUUCAUCAAAAAUGGGAAGCGUAUCGACGACGUUCCUCUUUCACGCUUCGUCGCCCCUGCAGUGGUCGCGGACGUCUCACACAAGGCUUCCCGAGAGACCAUCAGUUGGGCCGAAUUGAUGCCGUAUGAGGAAAGACUACGCAGAUACGUCUCGGAGGAUGCUGGUGUUAUCCUGCUGAUACGGACAGGCUGGUCCAGACACUGGGGCACUGACGCGUACUUCGCCCAUCCCUUCCUGGAUCGCGAGGCGGCCGAACGCAUCGUCGCGACGGGUGUGAGGACCAUCGGCAUCGACACGCUCAGUCCAGACGCGACGCACGCCAAUCCACACGCAGAGGCCGACUUCGCUGUGCAUCAGGUCAUUCUCGGUGCCGGAGGCAUCAUCGCGGAGAACCUCACGAACUUGGAUGCAAUUCAGGAGGGCGAAUGGAUCGUCAACCUCGUCCCGCUCAAGAUCGGUGGCUGCGACGGCUCGCCUGUGCGUGCUUUUGCUUGGAGACGGACGUCCGAGUCCCAAUGAUCUUUUCAUAUGAGUGCCCAGCGGGAUUUAUAUUUCAUACUAUCCAUCUUCGGGAGGUGUUCAUCAUCCCCUCGGUGCCAGGAAUGCUCACUUGAUGACUUCAGCAGGAGACAGCCACAACUAUGGCAUCUCAGGCGUCGAUAACCUCGGUUCCCGGUGUCCUCGCCCUCGGAACAGGAAACAGUGUAGUGGGCGCCUGCAUGAUCAUCGGGUCCAUCUUCAGUCACGACCCGCAGAAUUC